AUGACCGACGCAGCCACCACUCCCUCCACCGCUACCGUUGCCGCUGAGCGCAACAUCGCCUCUCUGCCCACGCCAAAGCCCGCGGGACAGGGGGAGCAUUCUGAGGUCACGACACAGUCAUCUUCUCCCAGCAACAAGCGGAUCAACGCUUCAGUCCCUACUUCUGCCGUUGAACGCAUUCGGAAUGGCAAAAAACGUCCUCGCACCUCUGCAGAAGGAGGCGAACUCAAGCUGAGCGAGAGAGAACUGUUGAUCAUGUACAGGCUUCCCCUAGCCCUCUUGGAGUGUCUUGUGGAUCUCGCUUAUGGCAAAGUCCCUCGCAGAAGGAUGUAUGACAACCUCAUGGAGGAGUUGGUCAUGGUCUGCGGGAGACGGCAAAUCGGAGAUAUGCUCGCCAACCUGCUUACCUGCGGCCGCGACCUCGACGUCGUGGACGAAUGCUCCGAGGACGUCCUCGAUACUCUCGCGGAGGAACUUUACGACAGGGUGAGCCUGCCUACACUUGACUGA